AUGCCGUCGACGCGGUCCCUACGCGGCGUCGCAGAGCCCGGGCGGACCGCAUCGUCGCUGCUUCUUGCUCCCUACCAUCCGCCCAUCGUGGCCGGCCAACAGUGGCCGUACUGCUGGAGUCCUGGACUCCGGAUUCUCGACCAUCGACACACGCUCGCGUUCCAACACCUGCUCCCCAACCCCUUCGACGUUCUCGGGAUGGACGCGGCCGAAAUCCUCAGGAUUAUGGCCGUACCCGUGCUCAAGCACCACCGCCGGGCCUGGAGGCACUACGUUAACCCACCGGCCGGCGACACCGCCCAGCCCCCCUACACGUUAGUGCAUCUGAACCAGGUGAAGGCACUCUUCGUGCCCGUUCAGGCACCCGACCCGACCAAGAAGCGCGCGAAGCGCAAGGCUGGCGGGGGGGCGCGCGCGAGGGACGGCCUGGACGCCUUCGAAUCGAUGCACGACUUUUUCCAGGGUGCCCCGAGGACCUUCUUCCCCGAGCUCGCCCUUGCCCCCGCCCAGGCCGGCAUUCUUGCUCCCUCGGGCAUUUAG